CUUAAGUCUUCCCUUAGUCCAUAAUAUAGACCUGUUUCACAGCUUGAGCCUUUCUAAUGGUUCUUGUGUGAUCUUUCAUAAACUUCUAGAGUAGAAGAAGAAAGCUGAGCUCAACUUUUAGACUUGCAGAGACAAUUAUAAGCAAUUGAAAUUUAGUUAGAGGAAAGUUCAGGUUCAGUUCUUUCUUUUAUUCUUUUUCUCUCUCUCUCUAGAAAUCAGGGUUCACUCUCUAGGCUUACAGAGACACUAUUAUUCGGAGUUUCAGUUAGGAUUCAUUUUGUCUAUCAUUUAUUCUAUCUGUCUCUUUCAUUUUAAUGUGGCCUCAUAAAAAGGGAGAGAAAAGUAUGGAGGAGAAGAACGAUAUCAAUAAGGUUGAUGAAGUAAUGCUACCUGGGUUUCGAUUUCAUCCAACUGAUGAGGAGCUAGUUGGUUUCUAUCUCAAGAGGAAGAUUCAACAACGACCUCUCUCAAUCGAGCUAAUCAAGCAACUUGACAUCUAUAAAUAUGAUCCUUGGGAUCUACCAAAGUUGGCAACCAUAGGUGAGAAAGAAUGGUAUUUCUACUGCCCAAGGGACCGGAAAUAUCGGAACAGUGCAAGACCAAAUCGAGUCACAGGAGCUGGGUUUUGGAAAGCCACUGGAACAGACAGACCUAUCUACUCAUCUGAAGGUUCCAAGUGUAUUGGCUUGAAGAAGUCCCUUGUAUUCUACAAGGGAAGAGCUGCAAAAGGGAUCAAAACUGACUGGAUGAUGCAUGAGUUUCGGCUGCCUUGUCUCACAGACUCAGCCCCACCAAAGAGGCCCAUAGCUAAAAGCCUUCCUGCCAAUGACUCAUGGGCAAUUUGCAGGAUAUUCAAGAAAACCAGCUCCAUGGCACAGAGAGCUCUUUCUCUUUCUUGGGUCUCUCCAUUACCCGAUACCACUGGAUCUGAUAUAUUAAACCAAGCUGUACACUGCUCUCAGUUCAGUUCAGAGAAUAUCUCUUGCACAACUGCUGCUGGUACUGCCAUCCAAUUUUCUUGUAAUAAUGACUUACAACAGUCCUCAACGACUAGUUUCUCGCCUCUAGAUGUACCCCCCUACAAACCCAUUAACCAAUCAGUCUGUAGAACUUCUACACUUCCUAUUUCAAAUGGAGAACUUCCCACAGGUUUCAUGUUCUCUCCACUUGAAACACCGGGGCCUACUAAGUGUACAGUCGAUGUUGCUUCCAUGCUUUUCAACUUGUCACCUGCCUUAUUCAUGGACGUCAGUAAAGCCUCUGAAAGUAUGGAUUUCAAUGGCCCACAGCCGCAGUGUAAUGGUUUCUCAAUUGUUCUACCACAGGAGAUGCAAGGAGGGACCAUGGCUGGCAGUGUAGAGGAGACAUGCUCAAGGAAGAACUCAAAUGGCUCUUCUACAAUCAACGACUGGGGAACUGUCAGAUCCAUUGGAUACCCAUUUAGCUUGCCACCAAAUAUGCCUGAUGCCUGGAAGAACAAUUCGCCGUGGGAAUCUCCUUCAUGUCCUAGUGAGAUUCCCGCUAACUAUUCUACAAACAAGUGCUAUAACUAAUCCAUUUGUUAUACAGUUGAAGCACUUUUUCUUUGAGUUUUCAGUGAGCAAGUGUUGGUUCACAUGAGAAA